CUCAUUUUCCUUUCCUUCCUUCCUUCCUCCUAUCAUUUGCUCUCUCUGCAACAGAACGAACAAAGAAGAGACCUUUCCCUUUUUGUUUCUCUCUCUUCCAUCUCUCUCUCUCUCUCUCUCUCUCUCUCUACCCAUCCAUAGAUUCGAAUCAAAAUUCUCGUCCUCAGCUCUGGGUCGGAUUGGUCUUUAGGGAAUUCCGUGAUGUUCCGCGGCCGGCCGGGAGGGAGUCAAUUUUGAUCGUCUUUGAACGUUACGUGUUCAAUAGAAGGUCGUUGAGCAAGGGUUUUGGACGGAACAAUUCGAUCCUUCCAUCUUUUCUGAAAAAUUGUUGGGGAAACCACCUGAAUUAGACAAGCAAAUCCAAGUUAAAGGAAGACUUCUCACAAUUUGGAACCUGGUAUCGAUUAAACGUAUCGAUUUUGAUCCAGUCUUCGGAAUUCUGGCUGGAUUAGAGCUCGGCGCAGCUAUGUCUGUGUGAAGUCAGUCCAAUUAAUUGGGUUUUGGGCAUGAACAGCGGAGAGUGGGAGAAGGAGAAACCUUUGUGAUCUGAUCCCUAUUAAGGCCGUGCCUGAUGGAUUGCACGGUUUGCAUGGCCGCCGGGAAUAACUUCUUCUCGAGGGUGGGUGGAUUGAGCCAAAUUGGAGGUGGGUUCAGCCAUGAGAGCGAGCACGACUUGGCGGUGAUGGUGAGCGACUUUCUGGAGAACGGUGGGAGCGGGGGGAGGGAUUCUUGGUGCAGCAGCGACAGCGAUUCAGGGUUCAGCGAUCUCGCUCAACUUGCUGAUAAUAUCUUGUUCCACAAGCGCUUAAUGGAUCAACAUGAGAGUGAUCUGCAGUCAGUUGUUCAUUCUCUCAUACUGUCGAUCAGUGAGAACGAUCUUCAAUUCGUCAAGGCACAUCCAUGUAAUGCAACCUGCAUCAGGUUCACCUUAGUGAAGCUUCUCAGAUGUUCAGGAUAUGAUGCUGCGGUGUGUUCAUCUAGGUGGCCUGGCACGGGCAAGGUUCCUGGAGGGGAUCACGAAUAUAUCGAUGUGGUCCACGUGACGAAGUCUGGAAUUACUGAUCGCCUGAUCAUUGAUAUCGACUUCCAAAGCCACUUUGAGAUAGCAAGAGCCGUUGCAUCGUACGAUAGAAUCUUGAAAUCUCUUCCAGUUGUAUACGUGGGAUCCCUAUCGAGGCUGAACCAGUUCCUCCAAGUAAUGGCUGAGGCUGCGAGAUUCUCUCUGAAGCAGAACUCAAUGCCUCUUCCUCCUUGGAGAUCUCUCGCAUACUUGCAGGCGAAGUGGCACUCUCAGUGCACGAGACAGCUCUGUCCAGACAGUGAAAACAUACUCAGCACAAACAUCUCAGACCACAAGCAGUGCAGUGGGCAUUUGAAGAUGUUGCACGCUGCCCUCUUGUCCGAGAUAGAAGCAGAGCGGCUGUUGAAGCCAAAGAAAGUUGAGAACAAUAAUAGUAGCAGAAGACUGAAGCUCGAGAGGCGGAGGUACUCUUACUUCAGAACUCUUUGAAGGAGGAAAAACCUGGUUUACAGGGUAUUGCGGCUUUUACUUGUGAUAAAGAGAGCAGACUUCUUUUGCGGCUUUUGGUUUUGGAUUAAUUUCUUUCUAGUCCCAGGAAGAUAAUAUGAAUAAGUGCAGACUCCGAAGGAAUAACGAGAGUCCCAUACGCGGCACAAGUAAUAUACCAAUAAUACGCCCGAUAACAAGUUGAGUCUACCUGUAUACACAAUUUUUUUUUUGUUUCGUUUCUUUGGCCUUCUUUUAGGAAAAAAAGAAGAUGGAAAGGGGGAUAUACUUGGAGGGAGGUACAUGGUAUUUUGUUUUUUCUUUUUCGGGUGAGUGACACGCUGAAUGUAAUCCGUGCCUCUUUUAUUUUGUUGAGGUGGGAAAUUUUGCCGUGCUUGUUGUCUUUGGAUUUCUUAAUUUUUAGAUGUUUCAUUUUCUUCUUUUCCUUUUCUUUUGUUUUUGGGUAUUUCCGGAUGCGAAAUAAGUGAUAUGUGCACUUCUUAUGUAGAGUCGAUUGAACAAUACAUGAGAAAUGAGGAUUUAUAUGCGAGUUACUGAUA